GCACGCCGUUUUAAUCCACAUAGACGGUCGUGGUCGUGGAGCUGGGUGGACGGUAGAGGUGGAAAAAUGGCUGGUAGUUGUUAGCUGGCACGGUCGAAGCCGGCUCAGUAGCCGAACGAGCAGCAUCGGGGCGAGACGUCACUCAUACUUUCGGCACCCCAGCGGCUCUCCCAUCCGCGUGUUGUAUUAUCGAUCGCGAGUGUUCGUUCAGCGAGGGUGGCGAAGGAUGGGCAUAUUUCGCGAAUUUCCCAUAGUUUUCAAUCUCUACAAGAAGUACAGUUAGUAUCUCGAUUAACUCUCCAACUUCGCGCUUCGCACUUGAGGUGAACCUCUCCGCUGGGAAACAGACGCAAUCCCCCAUUACGCCUGACAUCGACAAGGUGAUACAAUCUUCAAGUGUAUUCCCUGAGGGAAAAAAGAAUUUUACGCGAAGAUAAGAAAGCAAGAUUGUUCUUUGAUCACACAGGCAGAGCAAACAUUCUCUGAACAUCGUGCCAAAUGUCGCAGAUGUCGGAGAUCAUGGAGAAGAACGAUAGCCUAAAGAGGAAACCAACUCUCGUUAGACGAGUGUCCGACAUGUUCAAGGAUGGAACCUACAGUGGGCCCCCGAGGCUGUUUCGACACGCGUCGAUGCAGAAGAUCCGCCAUUGCUGUCAGAAUCUCAACCUGCUGCCAUAUCUUCUCUACUCCUUCGACAAUUCCAAGUCGCAUCCGCUGGCGCGCAAAAUGCACGUCUACUUCAGCCGUUUUCUUCAAGAGAUCACCAUCAGUCUUCUGGUCACGUACGAGAAUCUGCGUCAAUCUGCGCUACAUGGAAUCCGCGUCGAGAAAUCGAUCGACGCGCAAGAAGCGCCGGCAGAAACGAGCGCCGACGAUUUCGCCAAGCCCGUCGCAUUUAGAAGGUUCACAAAACCGAAACGCAAACCGCAUUCACGCUGUCUGACCGCGGCCGUGUAUCUCGUGCCACUGGUGCUCGUCUUCCAAAUGGCAACCCUAUGUAGCCUGACGAUCUUCGGCAAGUAUACUCCGGGCUUCAUCUUCCUGAUCACCUCGAUGCUCUUCCUCGGUGGCAUCGCGCUGAAAAUACUGUUACACGAAACCUGCACGACGCUGUACGGCGUCGCGAAGUGCGAGAGGAAAAAGGUGCAGUGAUCUUCCGUCUCGUCCAUUCCACCGUCGCUUUAUCGUCCAAAGACAAUAAAUGAACAGAGAAAACUCCGCGCUUCGUUAUAGUCUUCUCAGCGCGACAGUCGUGUUACGUGGUAUGAAAUAUUACCUUCUGCGCGCGAGCGACAUGACAUCAACAUAUGUUAACGCGUUGGCAAAGUCUCGAAAACUUCUUCCAUUUAUCUUGAUGUAGCUCUAACGAUAAGUUCCUUUCCCUUUUCAUAUAACGUUUCCGAUCAUCAUUUUUAUAUGUGUACUCUUUAUUUUUUUGUACGUUGUUGAAAUCAUUAAACAGGGAUCGUAGAUUUGUAGAAUAUACUGCAAAGAAGACAUUCUUUUUUUAAUAAGUUAAGUGUUCUAAGCGGUAGCAUAACCUUGAUUGUUCUCAAGCGUAAUCUCGGAGGACCACUUGCGCCCUUCGAUUCUACGAGACGAGCAUCGCGAGUAUCUUUGUCCUCUGCAGCAUAAGACUGAGAAUUGUUUUAACGUACAUGUUUGUAAAUAAACAUGCGAAUGAGAU